UUGCAAUUCUACCUGACAACAACAGCAAAACUGACCAAUAAAGCGUUAAUUAAAAUUUUUAAAUCGUAUAAAAGGGGACGAGUUUGAAAGCAAAAUCCAUCUUCCCUUUGGUAGUCACUUUGGGUAAAGAGUAAACAUGUUGGGCUUUCUUUCUGUGUCCCUGUUACUUGCUUUAGCCGAAGCAGGUGGAGGUGGUUACUAUCCAAAGGGUGGAUCCGGAGGAGGCGGAAUAUCUGUAAUACAAACUGGAGGCGGUGGCGGAGGUGGAUCUGGACUUUUCUUUGGAGGAGGAGGAGGGGGUGGUGGUGCUAGCGCUGGAGCAGCUGCUGCUGCUGCCGCAGCUGCUGCCGCCGCAUCAGCGGGAGCUGUAGGCGGUGUUUUCGAUGGAGGUUUCCACGGUGGUUACUAUCCAUACCAUGAUAUUCACUAUGGUGGCUUUGGCGGAUUUGGAGGAGCUGGAGCUGCAGCAGGCGCCGCAGCUGGAGGAUCUGGAUUUGGAGGCGCAGCCGCUGGUGCCGCCGCUGCUGCAGGAGGAUUAGGAGGAUCUGCUGCUGCCGCCGCCGCUGCUGCUGCAGGAGGAGCUGGGGCAGGUGCCGCUGCAGGAGCCUCCGCUGGAGGAUUUGGAGGCAUUCACUAUCCAGUGUAUCCCAUUCCAGGACCAAUAUAUCCCCCAGGUCCUAUCUACCCACCAGGUCCUAUCUACCCACCAGGUCCCAUUUACCCACCAGGUCCCAUCUACCCUCCUGGUCCUAUCUAUCCACCCGGACCAAUCUAUCCUCCAGGUCCAAUUUAUCCUAAAGGCGGCUUCAUUGGUGUUGGAAACAUUGGUGGUGGCGCUGCUGCCGGAGCCGCAGCCGGUGCUUCCGGAUUCGGGGGAUCAAGUGCUGCUGCUGCCGCCGCCGCUGCAGGUUCCGGUGCUGGUGGAUUUGGAGGUCAGAAUUUCGGAGGCCUGAUCUUUGGUGGUGGUUCCGGUGGCGGAUCCAUUGGUAUUAUCGGAGGUGGAUCUGGAGGAGGAAAGAGAAAGGUAUAUUAAUCUGUGAUGGAAACUUUUAAUCAAGACGGACAGCCCGUGGACUGAACUCUCUAUCUGCUUUUUAUAUGAAUAAAUUUUCAUAACUCUUUAUA